AUGGAGAAAGCUCCCUCCACCCCUCCUCUAAACCAGUUACCCUCCCUCGACGGCGACGACGACUGGGACAUCCCGCCAAGAUCCCAAACCUCUGAAGAUCUUCCCCUCAGAGAAAUGGAUAAAGAUCAACCCUUCAAGCAGAUGCACCAACGCAUCAACUACGAUGUCUCUCAGCUGCUACAGCGCUUUGAGAACAUCCUGGCCACUGCCAGUGCCGACAACAGCAGUCACACUGCUACGGCCGUGGAGGCCAAUCAGCUGGAAGUCGAGACCGACGGGCUGGCAAGCAUCCCCUCCAAACCCGGCAAGAAUCUCGAUCACGGAGAAUCCCGCGGGGUCUCUGCUAUCCGCGCUGCUGAGGACAUCCUCAGCCUCACUCGCACCAUGAAGGAGGCCUGGUACUACGGCAACCUUGACACCCUCGGCGAGAACGAGCAAGAUGUCCAGCGCCGCAAGAAGCUGGAGGAGGACGUCCAGGCGGUCGAGAAGGCUGUCGAGAAGGGUGUCCUUUCGAAGCUCUGCCCCGAGGAGAAGAAGCCAGUUGAGGACAAGGACAAGAAGCAGGGCUAA